GUUAACGAAAACAUUGGGCCGGUCCGUUACUGUUAUCGUUUGGGCCGUUGGGGUAAGUAUUAGACCGUCGAACAACCACCGAUCGCAACCGCUGCGCUUCUCUCAGCUCCGUCGUCUUCACCGACCACGUUUUCCAACGGCAAGAUAAGGUGUCAUGGCCUUGCUGUUCAAGGAUCCAAACAAGAUAUCAGCAUAUCGUGAUAGAAGGUUUCCAGGAACACAAGAAGAAUACGAGCAUGCACUCCAAACUUCAACCACCGUCUACAUCGGCAACAUGUCUUUCUACACUACCGAAGAGCAACUUUAUGAACUGUUUUCUCGAGCAGGAGAAAUCAAAAAGAUCGUUAUGGGUUUAGAUAAGAACACCAAAACCCCUUGUGGAUUCUGCUUUGUCAUGUACUACUCUAGGGAAGACACUGAAGAUGCUGUGAAAUACAUAAGCGGGACAAUUCUCGAUGAUCGCCCUAUUCGUGUAGAUUUCGAUUGGGGAUUUCAAGAUGGACGGCAAUGGGGUCGUGGUCGAAGUGGUGGACAGGUGAGAGAUGAGUAUCGCACGGAUUAUGAUCCUGAUAGAGGUGGUUAUGGAAAAUUGGUACAGAAAGAGUUAGAAGAACAAAGGCAGGUGGUAGAUUAUGGGGUUGGAUCAUUAGGAUCAUUUCAGCCACCUCAUAUGGCUCACAACUAUGGAAGACAUGGAGGAGGAGGAGGUGGUGGACAUGGUUACGGAGGGUCCAACCGACACGGUAGAGGAGAUUACCAUCGGAAAAGAUAUCGUGAUGAUGACCGCCGGGGCCCGGAUACCUCCCAGAGGAAUUCUGAACAUGAAUCUAGAAGAAACUCUGAUCAUGAAGCCAAACAGGAGAAAAACCCGCGUUUCCGUGAGCAUGGUGACUCGGAUGACGAGGAAGAUGACCGGAAACGACAGAAAUAACUGGAAUUCUGUUUAUUUAGUUUCAUCAUUCUGGGUAGAUCUGUUGAAACCUUUUCUUUCAUGUACAAUAGUGUUGUUAUAAUUUACUUUCCCAUAUCAAUAGUAUGAAUAUCGAGCCGAGGUCUCAUUGGAAGCAGUCUCUUUAUUCAUACGGGGUAGAGGUAAGACUGUCUACAUCUUACCCUUCUCAGACCCUAUCUUAGCUUUACUAUUGAUAGGAUUUAAUGAGUAUGAUGAUGAUGAUAUCAAUAGUAUGAAUCCAUAAUAGUUUGCUCCGUCUAUGCUUGAACGGAGGAAUUUUGGUAUUA